AUGCAUUUCUUUUCCAAGACAACCAUCGCCCUUACUGUGGCCCUUGCUGCCUUCUCUGAUGCCACUUCCCAUGGACGCCACAGAUACCGCCAUUUCAACCGCCAGGAUUCCAGCCUCAGCGUGCCUCUCAGCACUGGCUAUGCUACCCCAACCAGCUCUAUGGGAGAGGCCCCUGCUAAAAAGCCAGUUGACACCGCUUUAGCUGGAAUGACUUCGUCUCCUGCUCCAAUGGGCACAGGAACAAACCCAAAGCCUACUCCUCAGGACCCAAGCUGUACUGUGAUUACUUCUGUAGUCACCUAUACCUUGGGACCCGGAAACAGUGUUACCUCAUACACAUACACAACUUCUGUUCCUAUCACCCAUGAGACUCGCACCGUUAUCCCCACUCCUGUUGGCCCUCAAUCAAGUGUCCCGCCCACCACUACCCGAACCACCACUACAACCAGCACAUCCACUUCGACUGAAUGGGUUACUGUUAGCGAAGUUUGCACCAGCGCUUCCCAGGGCGCUCCCGGCAGUGCUCAAACGAAGGCUCCAGAGAACCCAGCUGGCAAUCCCGGCCCGGCUCCUACCAGCGCUCCACAGCCACCAGCUGGCGCUCCAGGUCCUGAUAAUACUUGCCCUUGCACUUGCCCUCCCCCCUCCACAGUUACUGUCACUCAAGCAACUGCUACUGUCACAGCUACUGUCACUCAGGCAACUGCCACUGUUACCGUGACUGUCUCCACCGAAUCAAAGCCAACCAAGGCUCAGGAAGCUGAAGCUGGUAACCACACUUCAGCUAUGAAGUCGCCCGACCAAGCCACCCCUCCAUUCCCUUCUCCAAAGCCCACCCACCCAGCCCAUCCCUCCCAUCCCCCCCAUCACAGCCAUCCUAGCCAGGGUAUGCCCCACGGUACCGGCUCUCCAGCCUACCAUUUCCCGACUGGUCUUGCUUACUAG